AUGGCGUCUUGCUCCCACCCUUGGCUCUUCCCAGGCAUGUCGCCGCCGCCGGCUGCCUCCACCGCCGUGCCGGUUCCGAGCUUCUGCAAGUCCUCGUUGCUGUCUGUGCUAAAAUUUAGGUUCUCGGUGCUUGCGCAGAAGGUGUUUGCUAGUUUGCGUCAGCGGAGAAAGGCAGGGUCAGUCGCGCCGACCAGAACGCGGAGAUGCACGAUCAGGUGCGUCAAGGACGAGUCUAUCCAUUUUGAUCCGUCGAAGAUCGAAGCGCCACCGUACUCCAGUUAUUUCGACUCCACAUCUGGUCAGCUCGAGCCAGCGUCAGGUGCCCGGGCAAGCAUACCUGGGCAGGAGUACUGGCCGGAGGGCACUGCAGCCCGCGUCCGUGCUGCCCGUGCACCUGCACCGGUCGGGGAGUCGGCCGGGACUCCGUCUCUUGGCAAGAAACCCGGGAGUAGGAGGAAAGGGUACAAGGGGCAGGUAGCGUCUGCAUCAGCGGCGGGCGGUGCGGAGACCAGUGGAGAUGACGGCGAGUUCAUUGUGGCCACUGAGGUUCCACUAGAUGAUACAUUGGAGGAAACAAAUGAUUCGCUGAAUGAAUAUGUCAUUUACGAGGCGCCCAAGGAGGAGAGUUUGAGCGAGUAUGAGAUGGACAAGAUGAUGGGGCGGCCACACCCAUUUGUUGACCCAGCAAAGGCGAUGUUGGCAGAGGAACCGAAAUCGAGCGAGGAGCUCUGGUGGAAUUGGAGGAGGAAGUCCGAGGCAGAAAUGUGGUCAAGGUGGCAGAGGAGGCGCCCAGAUGUUGACACGGUAGCACAGGCACUAGUUGUACUAGGGCACAACGAUGCCUCUGUGUCCUUCUGCCAUUCUGUCUUUGCAAAGGCAAUGGCCGAAACUGGGCAGAUUAAAAUAUUUGGAGAUCACCCUACAAGAACAGAAGCUGCUCUUGCCAAGACAAGAAGACAUUUACACAAAGAGGAAAGGUUAGAAGCAGAACAGAGGAGACUAGAAGAAAUAGGACCAAUAGCAUACUAUUCAGAAUGGGUAGAAGCAUAUAAGCAAAAGGACACAUCAUGGGAAGCCAUUCAGAAGCACUUUGAGGAGACUGGUGAAGAUGCAAAUACUCAACUUAUAACAAUGUUUCAACACCAAACUGCUGGGGAAUAUCGUAUCAUGAUGGGCACUGAUGUUCGUAUACAACGAGAUCCUUUGGCAAUGAGGAUGCGUGAAGACCAGAUUAAACAGAUUUGGGGUGGUGAUCCUGUUUACCCGACUGUGAACUAUGUUCAGGAUCCUGAUGAAGUGAUUGACUACAGGAGUCCGGAAUUUCAUGAGCCUACCCCUGAAGUUGUACCUUAUUUGAUGGAGCAUGGGAUAAUGAUCACGAAGGAAGAACUGGAUGCACGUUUGAUGGAAGAGGAAGAAGACAUCAAUCAAGACAUCACGUACAUUCCUGAAGUCAAAGAUCCCAUGGCUACUGCUGUUGAUAUUGGAGAGCAUUCUUUCAAUGAAGAUAGUGAUGAUGAGGAGGAGGUUGACAAAGCUGUCACACUGCCCGAGUCACUAGAGGAUGAGGAAGAUGGCGGGGAUGAGGCUGUGGAAGUUGAAGGGAAAGUGAGUCAAAACUGGAGUGUUCUAAAGACUACUGGGCAGGACGAAAAACCAAAGGAAAAGUUAAAGAAAGAUCAGAUGUCACUUAAAGACGCUAUUAAUGAGUCCGAGAACCUUACUGAUUUCCUUAUGGACUUUGAAGAAGAUGAGUAA